AUGUAUAAGAAUAUAAUUAUUGUCGGUGCUACUGGAAGGUAUCUUGGAAAAAAAAUAACAAGUAGUUUUCUUAAAAGACAAGAUGAUUUUAAUGUCUCAAUUCUUUUGUCGAAAAAAGCAAUGGAGGAUGAAGAAAAAAAGAAAUUUUUUGAAGAUUUUCAAAAACAAGGUGCUAAACUUAUUUUUGGUGAACUUGAUGAUCCUAUUGGACUUGAAAAAUCUCUUGAAGGAAUCGAUGUUGUUAUUAGUCUUUUAACUGGUCAUGAUCAAGAAAUACUUUUCAAUGGACAAAAAUCUCUUAUUGAAGCAUCAAAAAAAGCACAUGUAAAACGAUUUAUUACAUCAGGUUAUGGAAUGGAUUUAUCUCGAAUUAAAGAAAAUGAAUGUUAUUAUUAUGUACCCAAACAACGUAUUGAAAGUCUUUUAGAAAAUGAUUCAUCAAUUGAACAUACAUUUAUUGCAACUGAACUUUUUGCAGAAUUUCUUUUUACACCUGAUUUUGGUAUUGAUAUAAAACAACGAAUUAUCAAAUCAUUUGGUCCAUCAGAUAUGAAAAUUUCUACAACAUAUACAGAUGAUAUCGCAUUACUUUUACCUGAUAUUAUUUUAUCAGAUGAAAGUAAAAAUGCACGUAUUAAUAUUGCAAGUUUUACAACAACAUUUAAAGAAAUUCAUCAAGUAGCUGAAAAAGUUACUGGAGAAAAAUUUCAAUUUGUUGAAGAUCGAUCAUAUGAAAAUCUUACUAAGGAAGAAUUAUAUAAACAAGUUUUUGAAUUUGUUAAAACUGUUUAUGCAAGAGGAGAGGGAUAUUUUGAUAAACCAUUUAAUAAAAUUCAUCCAAAACUUUCAAAAAUUCCAACAACGACCCUUGAAGAUUAUAUUAAAAUAAAACUCAGUGAAUAA